CAAGUGCUGCCUAACCUUUUUGAUAUAUUUUCCAGGUGUUUGAUUGAAGUAGGAGAUGUAGCCUUUGUUAAAGACUCCACAGUCAAUGACAACACAGCCGGGGAGAGCAAACCUGCUUGGGCAGGCAACAAAACUCCUGAUGAUUUUGUGCUGUUGAAACCCGAUGGUACGCGUUGUCCAGUUACUCAAUUCAGAGAGUGUGGUUUGGCCACAGUUCCCACUCAUGCAGUAGUAACACGUCUUGAGAAACAAAAACAGGUCCAGAGUGCGUUGUGUCAGCAACAGAAGCUCUUUGGAAACAAUGGAUCACGAAAAGAUGAAUUCCAGAUGUUCCAGUCCCAAUUCAAAGAUGAUUUAUUCAAAGAUGGCACCCUGUGCUUGGUUGUUCCAAAAGAAACGACGUAUGAAGGUUUUCUUGGACAGGAUUACCUGGAAUCUAUUGCUGGACUCAAGAGUUGCUCCCCUUCAGAACUCUUGAAGGCUGGCUACUUCAUCAGUGAGGAUAACUUGCAGGAACAGCUCUCCCUGCAAUGAAACAAGAACUUGGACCCUUCAUUCUUUCUUGUCUGAACGUGGGGAUUUGUCCAGCUUACUCUUUUCUUCAAAACACCACAACAAAGUAUGCAAGCUUUUCCUCCUAUGACCUUGGUGUCAGUAGUGCAAAAUAAAGAAAAGUUAACAAUUGA